AGGUCACUGCGAGGUAUGCGGAAGAAGAAUAUGCAGCACUCUAUUGAGUGGGGAGACACAGCCCAGAAGAUGGAAGAGCCCCGUCGAGCCACCUUCAGCAGAGAGACCGGACGGAAGCCACCACCCAGUAAUCAACAGGCUACAACUCGGUAAUGUCUUAUGUUGGGAUUCCCUGUCACGGCCGGGAGGACGACAGCGCGAAACACAGCGACGGGCGGACAUGGAAUGUGCUGGCUGUGCUGAAAAUCAUCACGGGGGGGGGUCGCCAGGAGAGGUUUCCAAAAGCAGAGCGAAGGCAGAGGCGGGCCUCAGUGGUGACGCCGUGUGUGUUAUAUAGCGUGGAUGAAUGGCAAAAUGCAACAAACACCACCACCAACACCAACACGGCGAGGAGGACGAAGACGAGGGCGAGGAGGAGGGCGAGGGCCAAGACGAGGACAAGGACAAGGACAAGGGCCUCUGUUACUACUGCUCGUGGUAAGACGUCCAGUAGAGCACACGAACACGCCGCGCAUGCUCGUCUUCCAUCGUACCUGGCGGGCGGAGCUUCAAGUUGGACGGCGAGGUGCUUUGGGAAGACAGACAAAAGAAGACCGAGGCAAUCUGGCAGCAACCCAGCAGCAAUCUAUCCGGGCCGCCUCCAAAUUCGCUGCGUCGGACAUGGCGAGUGCUGGCUGGCUCAGAUCUCCCUCACCCAUGAGUGGAUGGAUGGAUAUUGAAAGGGCAAAAGGUGGACGUCAAGGUAUCCGUCCGUAUUGCGAGAGUGGACUUUCCCCAUCGGAUCCGGCGCCCGCCCCUGCAAGCCUCAGCAAGCCUAAACUGGCGCUAGUUCAAGCCAUUGAAACCCCGCCCGAUUGGUUCGUCUACCAAGACAACAAGCGUGCCCAACUGUACAAAAAACCUCGCCGUGCCCGUGCUGGUCCCAGCCAAAACGGCGCGCCGCCUGAGGGCCGCUAGUCCUUUUUCUGUCGCGUCGUCGGACCGUUGAAGACCGUC